GUGUUCGCCUUCAUCUGCGGCCUGAUCGUGAUCCUGCUGAUGAUCCUGUGCCUGGCCUCGUCCAACUGGCUGGUGGCGCACAAGUUCCGGCAGGGGCUCUGGGAGCAGUGCGUCGAGGAGGACGCACCACUCCCGCUCCCCUUCGGUCUCAACGUCAAGCCCGGCUGCUACGUGGCACGCACUGUCGCAUACAUCCAAGCGGCGGCGGCGCUGUGCGUGAUCACGUUGCUGUGCGACAUAGCGGCCACAGUGAUGACGGGGUGCGGCCUGUGCAGCAAGAACCCGGUCCGCAAGUACCUCAUGUACAGGCUGGCCUUCUACGUCAUGGUCUGCGCGUUGCUGUGCAUCCUGAUAGCCCUGGUGAUCUACCCGGCCUGCUUUGCGGCCGAGAUAGAGGAGAGCAACCGGCAGCUGUGGGAGUUUGGCUGGGCCUAUGGCGUGGGCUGGGGGGCUGCCAUCUUCCUCUUCGGCGCCAUCUUGCUCCUCCUGUGUGACAAGGAAACGGAGGAGAUCUACUACCGAGAGCGAACUGUGCCCCACGACGGCGGCGCGGACUCCAAGGCGUAGCGUCCGAGGUGGUCGGCUGUCGAAACGACGGACAAACUCGCUUGGCCGCGCAACCACCCCGUGGGGUGGUCGCGCGACUUCACGCGGAUCAUGGUCACGUGACUUCGCGCUGAUUGCGGCCACGCGACUUGGGGCUCCGUGGCACGCCGUGUGAACCGAGAAAAAGCCUCGUCGUUGUUGUCGCCCACCCGGAUAGCUCCUCCUCAAGUUCGCGACGUCGGGAUCGCGACGGGGGACAUCUUUCUGCAUCGUCUGCUUCUUCCGGACGCGUCGGCCAUCGUCUGCUGCGACCGUUGCUCUCCGUAAAGUAUUGGGAAAUCUGCUCGCCGAUAAUUAUUUCGGCGGUGCUUCUUAGGGAAUGUGCGGAGGUGCAAUUGGUAUGCGGGGUUGUUGAGUCUUGGGGUGACUUCCUUUUGGACGUAGGCAAUUGGUUAAAUAUGUAAUAGGAUAAAAACAUGAGAUUUGGUUCUGAUGCUAUUUGUGAAAGAUGCAAGACCAGGCAUUUCUUGAAUGUUUAUGGAUUGGAAACAAGUAUAGAUGUUUGCCAGAAAUGAAGCGAAAUCAUGCAUUUUAUAGGUCUUAAAGUACUAGUUACCUUCUUGAGACUACCAGGAUCUUAGGGUGAAAACCUAGAUUUUGAAGUGGGAACCUUGGGACAGUUGUGGGAAGGGGUACCGGAAGUAAGGAUGUUGUAUUAAUUUUACUAUUUGAGAUGUCCGCCAGCAAUUGCCUGUUUCCAUUCCACCUUUUGCUGCAGGCUCCAUGAUGUGUGUUUGAUGUGUCCAAAGUAACUUUAGGGCUUUUAGCCAUGUUCAGGCCAUGUUGCUCCCAUCGCUGCUAAAGGAAGAGUUCAGGGGGUGGUGAGGAAGAGCGACGGUACCCACACUUCCUCGCAGACCCCUGCCACUUUUUUUGAGCACAUUGACUCGCCCUAGAGAAAAUUCUUAAUUGAAGAGCCAAUCCACCGUUCAUUUGCGUUUUUUCUUCUCAAAGCUGACACUCUAAUGGGUGCAGUUCUGGCUUAGCACCGACCGAACCUGGGUAGCUGUUUACUGUUCCCACGCUAUGUUUCAUGUGAUUGCAAGUGAUGCUAUGGCCCUUUGGCAGCUUUUUUCCUGCUCACUAGUGACAGACUUUUGGCCUUGGGUUUGUGUGGCCUACGCAUCCCAGGGGGUAUGGUUGAGCAUCCAACAAAACUGGCUUCCGUAUUGUCACAGAGGUGGUUUUGAGCUUGGUAGAGUUUUUCACGUGCAUGCGAGACUCCUAUCUCGGUCUUUAUUUCGGUUUUCAUCACAGCCACAGGAAAUGUGCAGCCAGUGUUCACUUGCCUCGUAUAAAAUGAACGCACCUUACCUGACUUUGACUUUUACAGGGAGUAGAGGGGCAGUUUGUUUGCCACCCCUUUCAUCUUCAUAAAAUGUUACCCUUUGCUCAAAGUACACAUCAGGUUUGAGAAGGAAGUAGUUUGUGUUCAAUGCACAAUCUAGAUAUUUAAUUGACACAUGUGGCCCUGACAACAUUGUGAUUGGUUCUUCCUUUGUCGUUGGGAGGACCAACCCAAGCACUUUCUCUGCGAGAGUCGGCUAGGUUAGCUUUAUACUUUGCUGGGUGUGCCAAUGCAAGCUGAGUGUCUGUGGUUGAACUCGAUACUUCACAUUCUUGGCAUGUAUUAUGUGAGCUGGGUGUAGCACUUUACAAACAGAAAUCAAGCGUGAUACAAUAGUUUCUCGUGCGGUGCAAAGAAUUUUCUAAUAGUAGUUUCGAUUAAUAUGUUAUUCGAUAUUCGCUUCAAGAUUAACUGCGAUAUUCUUACUUUUUGAAGUGUCGAUCGCGGCAAGUUAGCCCGUUUGAGUGCACUUCACACCGAGCAUCUGUGCGCUGUGGGGAAGCGCGGGUAUUGCUUUCUAGCAGUGCACAUCGGCUCAGUGAGAAGCGCACUCAACGGAGCUAUACCGCCUCGAUUAUGUGAGAGUAUACAUGGUUUGCAUGUGACGUCAUCCAAAGAGUGCUCCGAUAGCCACCAGAGAAGAGGGGAAGAAGGGGCUCCCUUCUUACCAUGACCCUCUUUUGUGUAUCCCCGAUUUGCCCGGAAAUCGCUAUUUGUCCCCCAGAAGAUUAUAGAAGAUUAACCCGUCACUUAAAAUUUCUACAAAAGCAGCUCUCUCUCUCUUUUAUGGUGGCCAAAACUAUGCGAUUUGAAGUCAUUGCAAGCCAUGUAUAUCUUAGGCAGUGAUGUCUUGAGAACCUGCACUCAUCAUUCGUGUUUAUUUUUUUUCCCAAUCUGAAUUUGGAGAAAGAAUAUUUGGGUAUAGCAAGCAGAUUUAUAAACCCGCUCGAUUAGGAUAAGCUGCAACAGUUCUGUUGCUUACAUGCCCAAGUUAAUAUAUAUAGCUAUGCUGAAAUUAACCGAGCUUAGAAGUGGAUGAGUGGAAGGUUGGGAACAGCCUCCACGAUCACGAGCUCAGCUGAAUUUUCGUUUAAGCAUGGUGCACGGUAGUGAAAGACUUGGAAAAAUUAUUUGAUAUUCGAUUAGAAAAUAUUCAGCAAAACCACUAUUCGCUUUGAACUGAAAACCCACCAUUUGCACAUGACUAAUUGUUUCGAAUUACAUUUGCAAAUGCUGUUCUUCAUACCAAAAUUGGAGACCUCCAUUGACUUCUUGUUGAAAGCUGCUUCGUUCAGACACAGUAGAAUUCUGUGAGGAGGCGGGGAGGACCGAUUUAAAUAGCAUACGUGACUAGGUUGCCCAUACCUUUAGAGACAGAAAAACAAAUCACUAACAACUCUGCACACAAGAUAUUAAUUUCGAGGCUUACUUUCAUCGUAACUUGUGAGAAAUGAUUAUUUACCAGCCCCCUUGCAAACUCGAAGUCACAGAACACAAACUAUUAAGUACAUCUGGAGUGAUCUUGUUUGUGAGUUGUGGAUGAACGGUUGGUGGUGCCUCGGAAACGUCAGGGAGAUCAAUGUGGUACCUUUCUCCCAUUGUCGACGAAUAAAGGCACAGUCUGCGAGGAAAACCAGCGUAAAGAAAAAAAGGUAAAAGCAACCAAUGACCGUCCCUUCGAUAUCUAUUCCUCGAGUGUUGUUGCCUGCUUGGCUGAUUGACUGUUUGUGGUGCUUGAUUAUGAGCGGGCAUAGUUCUGGCCACUAGUAGAAAGGUCAUGUUAAAAGAUAAUCACGUUGAUUACGCUAAACAAUGAUGCCCAAUGCUAGUAAAUUCCUGUUGUGCUUAUUGGGACUGGAGGGAUCUUUUGGGUGGGUUGUAUUGUUGCCUCUCUUUAGUAGUAAUGAUUGUGGUUGAUUCUUUUAUCCCUUUUUAAGUUCUUUUAUUGGCAUAUGAAGAGAGGCAGUUCUUUCAUGGCUAGUUGUGGUGCCAAGACAUUUGGAAUUCUAUCUAGCUGUUUAUGUCUUGACUUUUAUGAUGACUUUUAACAAUAUUUUUAUUGAGCCUCUUUGGGUUUAUUUGUAUUGUUGAUCCAUUCUGUAUGUUCGGUACACUGUCAUCCAAUCACAUUUCAUAAAGGGAAAUACUCUGUGCGACUAAAUGUGCUGUAAAGAAAUGCCAGACUGUUUAUUGGUUUUGUUUUGGGAAAUGUCCUGCCACAGUUCUAUGUUGUUUAAGACUGGUCUCCCUUUUUUCUGUCCAGAGUUUGGUUUCGUUUAUAACCUCAUUUAGUAGUAACAAGAAAAGAGUGUCGAGGAAUGGUCGCAAGUGUUUCAUAGGUUCCUUCAAGGUAGCUAUUUUUUUACCAUAGCUCAAGAUCAUGCCUUUUUGCAUUUAGUUUCCAGGCACUGUUUUUUUCUUUGUUGUUGUUGGCUCCAAGUAAAUUUGUGCCACCCAGAGCUCUUUUUCUUUUAGAUACUCAUUCUGUGUUCUUCUGUUGUCUUGCUGUUUUGUGGGUCUUAACUUCAAGGGAGAAUGUGCAGGUUUAAAAAAGCCAACCCUUUCUUUCUGCUUUCGUCUCUGCUUUUACCGAGCCAUGCAUUAUUUUAUGAGGCUCGAAUACUAACAGAAGCUUAUUGGAAGGACUGGGCACCUUUAGUAUAGUCACCAUGUUCAAUCAACUUACCUACUCUGAUUUGCACCAAUUGCAGAAAGUAAAACACUGGCUUAAUUAAUGACUUGCCAGUGGAGACACAUUAACCACACCGCUGUCGUGUCCAAACCGAGUGGGCUGGUAAUCUAAGUGAGGAGUGUGGCGCAACGAGAGCAGGGCAUGCCUUCAGCGUGCAUCAGGCUUUCCGGGGCAUCUGGCUGAUGGCACUAAUAAUACCAUGUGGCACAAUAUAUUUCAUUGUAGCUCAUAUUGGCCAGGAUAUUACAUUGCCCUUUGCCAGUUUUGCAGAUUUGUGGCAGUUAAUUUUGCACUUACCGACAACAGCUGCUGUCUAUGGUGUUUUGUUUGCUUAACUGGAAAGGCAUUAUGUCCCUGUAGAUUUCAGUUAGUAUACCUACAAUGCAAGUGAAAUGGUCGUUGUAGGAAAGCAAAAAGAAUGAAACAACUUCACUUAGACUUUUAAAUAUACUGAACCAGAUUUGCAUCUUUGCACUUGAUAGAAGACUGAGUUAAGAAGUAUUAUACUCCGCGACAACUUUUCUUGGCAAUGCAGUGAAGGUACAGGACCGCGUCCCCUCUCCCAUUUUGAGUGUGCGCGCGCUCUUCUCCUCUCUCCGGAAAUGGGGGAGGAGGAGAGCCUGCGUACACUCAAAAUGGGAGAGGGGACGCGGGACGUACCUUCCACUGCAUUGCCAAGAAAAGUUGUCGCGGUGUAUAGAAAGUUUUCUAAACUGAAAUUAACACCAUGAUGUUCGAAGAAGUCAAAGGGCGAAUUAGGGCCAACACCACUUGGAUAUUCUGAGUUAUCUGGGUUUGUUCUGUCCUGCUUGCUGUGAAUGGAGGUUGUGAAAGCCCCUUGCUGUAUAAAUACAAAUAUAUAGACAUACUCUAUUGAUUGACACACGGUUGUAUGUGGCAUACGUUAAUUGAGGCACGGAUUUUUCAAGGGUGCAGCGUGACUGCUCUGCAUUCAUGCCAUAUUGACUCUCUGUUUCACCGACAGCGUUCAAAGAUAGUAGCUUUGUGGCAAGUUGGAGGCCUUCAUUUUCAUCCCUGUGAAAAAAUAAUUUCCUGGAGCCCAUAUAUUUAAAGUGGUGUCUGUAUGCGUGUGCGUUUUUUUCCUUGGUUGCCUUCGGAGCAUAAAAUGGAAAAGAUAAAAUUUUGCUCUACUGAGUGUACAGAAGCUACAUAAAAACAUUUACAUUUUUUUUUAAAUACUAGAGGCAGAUGUUUUAUGUGUUUCAUUUAAAACAAUUUCUAAGCUCAUGUUGGCAAAACCUGGUCAGACCAGCCGUGCUCAGCAAGGAUAUUUUCCGAUGGCAGGCCCACGCUGUGGAAUAUGUCUAAAACGAGCUCUCAAUCUUUAACUUUUACACAGAAGGGCAACGACUGGUCUAAAAUUGCUCGUUUUGCUCGGCCUCAAAUAACAUUCUCUUAACCAUGAGGUUCAUUUUGUUUUAACUGCAUUAGCCCAUUACAGUGACACUUUGUCAGCGAUACUGGAAGAUGCGUGGCAUCAUCGGCGUGUCCAGGGUGGCAGCAGAUCGAGUGGUGUCUUUAUGUCGACGGGCAGCACGAUCUAGUGACAGGAUCAGCUCAGGAGGUCACUUUUGUACAAAAGGAGGCAAGCUUGCUGACGUGGAAGUUUGGCAGGGGAGGAGGGGAUGGCGGGCGGGGCAUCCUAUACCACUGCCAUAUUGUGCGAGGAUCAAAUCUGCGGAGCAUUCGACUUUUUUUCUUGCCUGCUUUUUCUUUUCUCCCCCGCACGGUUUUUGGCAACCUCAUUGUUCUUACAUACUCAAAGUUUUCCCUUUGCAAGCACAGUCAGUCUCGUGAUGUAUACUAGCUCGUGGUUGGCUGUUUUUCUAUGUUUCUACGAGACUGCCCGCGGAGCUUGCAUGUAGAAUGUUUAUAAAUAAGGUAGAGCUUGGUGCACGUGCUGAUUGCGGUCCUUAAACGAGUCUGUCCCGAGCUGGUUUCGUUAAUGUGGCAGUUUUCUUUUGUGUCGGAACAUAACAAUAGGAUGUCUACGAAAAUUGUGCAGCCUUUGUAGUGAUGAUUUACUGCUUUUGCAAUUUUGUUUUGGUCCCUCUACUGCAUUUGUGGGAGAAAGGGUUGUUCUGAUUGCUGUGAACAAUGAUAGUUGUGUUGAAGAGCUUUUAUGGAAUUCUUUAUUUCUCUUUUGGGCUUAUGCAUAAAGCUGACGCUUCGCUGUGCCGUAAAAGAAAGGUGCAAAGUGUUUAGCUGUUGUCAUAUUGCCUGACGUCCUGAUAAAACUCCUGUCAAAAGGUGGCAAGUGUUUUCUUAAGAAUGAGAUUGUAAUGUUUCUAUAGAUGCUCCCUUAUAGAGAAAUCUUCUAAAAAUUGUUAAUGAAGGUUUUUGUACAUAGUUGACAAAUGAUUGUGGCCAUAGGGUUUGGAUUUGAGACUGUUUAGGCAACAUUGCCAAGGACUGGUGUUCCCUCUGUAUCUAGAUUUGUGCAAUUUCAACAAUCAAAACAAGUGAUUUGACCCUUGGCUGUGCAAUAUCGUUUUGGGGGUUUCAGCACACAAGUGGCAAUAUGAGAUAAAGUCCAGUGCUCAGGUCUCAACUAGAAAACUAUUCAAGGGAAUGGAACAUUAUUGAUUAAAUGUAGCAUAUCCCUUGCUAAGGGCUCGCCGAUCGUUCCCUUGUUUGAUUUGCAAACGAAUGAUGAGAACAUUUAUGAUUUGGAUUUCACCACUCGGCAUUGCGUUUCAAACAUGACUGAGCUGCCUGUUGUGGAGUUCUGCACUUCUAAUGUCUGUGCAGUAGUUGCAGGAAGAAACAAAACCUCAGGAAGUGGCAAAAAUAUUUUCCAGUUCUGAACCUGCAAAUGGCCUGGGCUUUGGGGGCAGUUAUGGGGAAUGGACAACUGCACCCCUUUUGAAAAGAGGCUUGUUUAUUUAUCCUUCACGAGCAUAGCUCUAGACAUCUUUUUUUUCUUUUUGGCAGCUUGGGUUGCAUUUGUUUACUUUGAGUACAUAUAUGUAUAUGUAUAGUUAUUUUUGUUUCCUCGGUUGACUGUAACCGCUUUACCAUGUCGUCGGAGUGUUGGAUGUCGGUCCCCUUGGUCACAAGGAUGCCGUCUAUGGUUGUGUGCACUCUGCAUUGGACUGUCUUGCCUUCGUUUAGGGUCGUUUUACAAAAACCACAAAUAAAAAGUUGAACCUUUGA